AUGCACGACCCAUCGACGCGGAUACCGUCACCUCCCAUUUCGGACGACGAGCAGAGCAUUGAUGCCUCGCGUUGUGCGAAUGGCGUGGACGUCGAGAUAUCAAGUGAUACGGUUGUAUCGUUGACGGCGAGGACGACGGCGGAGACGGCGGGUUCGCCGGCCCGUUUCGAAACGUCAAGUGCUGCUUCUUCUUCGUCGACCACGGUUUCGUCUCCUCCAUCCGAAUUACCUAGUGCUACUUCGUCGACGACGACGGUUUCAUCUCCUCCAUCCGAACCCAGCAAGCCUCGCUCACGGCAGCGGGUCGAUUUUGCAAAACUACAAAGCAUAUUCGCCGCAGAAUCAGCUACCGACAACACAGACCCGACACCCUCCCCUUCGUUAUCCUCAUUAUGGUACAUCCUGACCACGGCCCUUCUCCUCGCAUUCCACAAGGAGAAGCUCAUUGCCGACCUGUGGACCUACCUGGCAGUGAACGUGGCUCGCGCAUCGGGGACGAACGACGACGACCACCACCACCACCACCUCCUCCUCACGACAGCACGGCACAUCCGCGAAGCAAGCCUCAAAGCCAGCACGCUCGUCGGGUUCCCCCGCGCCAUCAACGCGCUGCUCACUCUCCACCGCGCCAUCCAAUCCAGCCACCCAGCCCUCUCGACCGUGCUGCAGAGGGACUCGUCUCUGCGGUCGUCGCCCUGGCUCUCCCCCGCGGACAAGUUCAACCGCGGCAUGGCGCUGUUCCAGACCAUCUACGACAGACACACGCCGCGCGUCGUGUCGACCAUGUCGUCGUGCUCCGGCGGCGACUUGACCCAUUUCGCCAUCCAGUGCAUCUACGGCGAGUUGCUGGCCGAGAACGCCAUCAUCGGCGACCUCGAGACCGGCAUGUUGGAGUUUGUCUGCUGUCUGGCCGACGGGGUGGCGCCGCAGGCCAAGGGCCAUUUCUUCGGGAGCGUCAAUCUGGGCGCCACGAGGGGCCAGCUCCGUGGGGCGGUUUUGAUGGCGCAGGAGCUGGCACGCCAGGUCCGCGUGCCGUGUGCAUGGGAUGGAGGGGCAGCGGAAGAACACGAUGAGGGGGACGAGGAGGACAUGGAUGAGUGGAAGUUCUUGCAGCGGGUCAUGUAG